AUGGCGUCCUUGCUGAAGAGGAAACUCCACGAACUCGACAUCGUGCCCCGACCUCUGCUGCUCACCUCGACCGCACCAGCGCCAAACGCCCGCCUGCACAGCACUCUCGCUGCGGGCAAUCCAGUACGAGCCCUCGCUGCUGUCACGAUUGGAGGGUCUAGCGGCUGCGCCCCCCUUCCCGGCCGUAACGUCCUCUUCUCGGACCUUAGAAGCGUUCCUGUAGCCGUAUCGCCGUUGCCGAACGCCGGAGGGGUUCGGGGGGGCCAGCCGUCGUAUGCGGCUCAGCGAGCAAACGACGAUUUCUUUUUCGAUUAUGGGUACGCUUUUUGCUUUCGGCAAUCAGAGGCGUUCACUAAGCGGGGCUUUGGGUCCACGUGCAUCGGGAGCACCUGCAAGGGCAAGGUGCCCAUCUACUCCCGCGGUUUGGAUCCUUUCCUCUGGGAUCGAAAGCGAAAUCGGGGUGGUGCGAUCAUUUGUCCUGGCGGAGGAGGUCACCUGCUGUGCCUCCGCUGCUUGGACGCCAUGUAUGCUGGGGGUCGGCCGUUCGUUUCGACCGCCACGGGGGAGGUCGUUGACCGCGGUGACCUCUUCAGGAAGUACGAGGCCUUUCCCGCCUCGGAGGAGCUAAGAGAAGCGCAGCUGGGGCAGCCUGCGGUGCCGGGGGGGCACCAGUUCUUCGUCCAGAGGCGAGAUCUGUUCGCAUGCCCAUACUGCAAGAAGAAGAACCGGGGGUCCCCCGAAAGGAAGCGGCUCGAAUUGGGGCCGACUCCAAAGGAACUCGGGCCGACUGCGAUCCUUGGAGAGUUGAAGCGGAGCGCGGUCCCUCCAACAAUCAUCGCACCCGGCCUCUUUCUCCUCCCGCAACUGGACGUCAAUUGCCGGCUUCUCGACAUCUCGUUGAGGGACGGAAGGCCCGUCAACGUUCCCAGGCUCGUCCAGGUGGACCAUCUGGGUGACUACAAGUGCAUGUGCGGCCAGAGAGCGUGCAGAGAGCACGAAGUUGGAUUUCUCAGAGACACGGCCUUCAUGGACGGAUGGUGGCAGAGGGUUUCGGAGGAGGUCGAGCCUCUCUUCGGCUCGUUCAGCGGCGGAAAGAGCUUCGUACGCGAGGUAACGGGUAGUGGGCUUGCAGCCCGGGUACUCCCACUCGAUCGGGACGGCCACCUUGGGGUGCCCCUUACUGGCCUCAAUGCGGAGGCCUGGGUGGGGCCGCAGCUGCGCGUCUUUGUGACCUCUGAGGGAGCCGAUGACUCUCCGGCGGUCUGCGUGCUCGCCGGAAGGAGCGCCUUCUGCGACAGAUGCUCGGAGCAGGAGCGGUGUCCGCACGUACAGAGGGUGCUUUCGAUAACAGGGGAAGGAAACGGGGUUCAGAUUGGGCCUGGUUCGGAGGCGACCAGGGCAGACGUGCAGAGAGAAGCAACGAAUUCGGACAAGCGUGCCGAGAGGUCGGCCCUUAGAGCGUCGGGGCAGAUGAAGCUCUGGGUCUGCAACGACCCCGUGUGUCGAAGGCCCGACUCAAAGGUUGCGUGCGUGCAUGAAGACACGACGCUCGAGGAGUGGGAGUGCCUCCCUGCAGCAGCCUUGGACAUGGGGCACAGCCACAAGAAGAUCGACACAGUCAUGAGCAGGGGUGGGCAGCAAGUCACGAGCCUCUGCGAGCGCUGGGGGGACGAGGGAGUGCGUGAACGGAACGAGGCAGAGUACUUUUGCGCUCCAAGGCCCGUUGAAUCGCUCUCACCUUGCAGGCGGCCAUGGCAACUGGAGAGCAGGAGUGGAUCGCUCUAUACGGCUGGGGCGCGCUAUCCGGUGAUGACGUACCGACGGGUUUGCAGGAUCGCUCCAGGACGGGAGGCUGCGUGCUGCUCGGUGGCUUACGACGGUCAGGAAGACGGUAUCUUCAACUUCUCCGGCACGACGCUCAUCUCGCACGGCCUCCUGCUGCGCAACCACUUUGCGGCGGCCCUAGGUGCAUCCCAUAGCCUCAACUUUGACGCCAACGACAUGGCCACCAGGAGUCUCGAAGGGCCGGAUGCUCCCAGGCUGGACGAUCGCGUCUUCGACGCCGCGAUGCAAGCCUUCAACGAUUUGGCAGCCCGCUCUCGGAUCCAGCACGUCUGCAAACGUCCUGAUUGCGCUCAUCUGUACACGUCUGAAGUUCGAGCUGCUGAGGCAGAGGCAGAGGGAGCUGAGUGCCCGCUCAAACCGGAGCGGACAGAGGGGUCGCCCCUGAACCUUUCAACCUACGCCUUCAGCCGGGAUAAGGUCAUCACGUUCGACGGCACAUUUUUUCCCAACUCCAGUGCUAUGCGGGACAGCAGCGAGGCCUCUCUGCAUAGCAUAUGUGAGCCGGACCCGGGCGCACCUCGCGUGGCAGGGGGUUUCACCCCUCUGAGCAUCGGUGGGGUGCGGCCUUCGAACGUCCCGCUCGAGGGGAUCGACUGCCCUUGGAAGUUUAGAAACGGGCUGUCGGAAUUGAGGCCGGCCGUACGAGCAGCGGCCUUCCGUUGGUGCAACUUCCGCAAGGCGCCUGCUCAAGGGUCAAACACGCCUCUCUCGGCGGAGGAAUUCGUGGCCAUGCGUGAGGGGUUGCCGGCAAACCUGAGGGCCCUGAUCGACCUUGCGACGGAGUCGGGAACUUGCUCCGACCCUACGACUUGUGCGGUCUGCAAGGCCGUGCCCCGGAGGCCCUGGAUGGACGGAGUUUUGAAGGGGGGCCCAGUAGCGCCCACGGGUUGGUGCCCAACCCACUUCCAGCCAUACGCAGCCCUCCUGCACGCUCUCUUGAUACCCCGCUACAGCUGGGUAUUUGGGCACAUCGUGACGCUGAAGCUGCUUCGACAUCUGUUGCUCGAGGGGCCGGUUGACAACUUGGGGCUUGCUUACCUCGCCAACGAUGGGCCAAUGCUAGCAGCCAUUCUCCGGCUGCACUCAAUUGGUGAAGUGCAAACGGGUCCUCGACUGUACGCCCUCCCAGCGGCACUGCGUCCGCUCCUCCGGGACAUCUACGCAACCAACCUCCUCUGCUUCGAACCGAGUGCCAACCGCCCUAGCGCCUCCGGUCGGUCCCCUCUGGCGACGCUCCAUGAUGCUACGGAGCAUCUGUGGGCCUUGGAGUGUGAGAGGCUUCGGUCUCUAGGCAACUUAGGAGAUCCUGGCAUGGUCUAUGCGGAACAGCGUGGAAUUGCGCUCAAGGGGGCCGCCAACGCUCUCCUCUUCGAGCUUGAGGUGCGAGAGCCUCAAUGCUACGAUUCUGACGGCUUUCUACGAGAGGCCUCGACAACUUAUAGGGAGCGUGUGGGAACCGUAUCAAUCUACGAUUUUCACCCGCUGCUCUACGGGCGGCCGCAAUUCACGAAUUGGGAGGACGCAUCCGGUCGGGGGAAGAAAGGCUCCGAGGAGCGGCUCGCCCAGCACUGUGGGGCCCCAAAUCCUCGUUCGGCUAAGGGCCGAGCGGGGAUAUUUAUAGCAUGCUGUCAACAUCGGGCGCCUCUUGGGUACCAUUGGCUGAAGGGCGGGGAAAGCGUGUCCGACCUAGGGACCGCCGCACUCACACGCUUACCUUUCAAGACGCUCCGGGGCCUGACGAUCAUCGAGGAUGCCGCUUGCAAUGCCCAGGAGUGGUUUCUCAACCGGGUACCGCAGCUGGCCAAGUUCAUGCUGUUCCUUGUCGAUCGCUUCCACUCAGGCCCAAUCAGCUGCGCGCCUGCUGGAGCGGCCAAGCGAUACGCGACGCACACCUGCUCGCCAACUCUGUUUAUCGACUCCUAUCCGCAGCACGACCAUACCAUAACGACAGCUAGCGAAGGGAUCAACUCGGGCUUGAAGCGAUCGGCGGCUAGUCUCCAGCAAAUCACGAGCAUACGUCGGCUCAUGAGUAGAGUCACGACGAUUCUCGAUACGCUGUUUGAGAGAUCAAAGUUUGCAGUGUAUUAUUGGGCUCAAAGCAAUGUUGAGAGCAGCCCGCUACGGGAAUCGAUCAGGGCGUCUCGCUGCUAA